CUGUACCAGUGUCCGGUCGGCCAUCCAGAUCAUGCAACAGCUCUCACCAACCUCACGUGCGCCCGCUUUCAAUAUUACAUCCGAGAUGAUCUUGAAGAAGUCGAUGCCACCAUUUCCCACUUCCGCGACGCCCUUGCAUUGCGUCCGCAGCCCCAUCCCGAUCAUCCCUUCUCUCUAUACAAUCUCGCCCGAGUGCUGACUUGGCACCACUCCAAGAAAGGUACUGUUGCCGACAUCCGCGAAGCCGCGCAACUCUAUUGUGAACUACUGCCUCUCUGUCCAGACGGCAGCUACCUUCGUAGCAUCGUGGCAGGGAAUGAUGUCAUUUGUGUGAUCGGCGGAUCCAGCGAACUUUCAAUGGACGCAUCCGAUGAAGCCGUCCACCAUCGAAGAGUCGUCCUCGAGCUCUGUCCUCUGGGCCAUCCAUUCCGUUCGGGAGCCCUCGCCAGCCUUGGACGAGUAGUUAAAGCACGCUUUGAUCAGCACGGCAGUAUUGAUGAUCUUGACACAAGCAUACAGCUUCACCGUGAAGCCGCGUCUCUUACCCGCAAGAGACGUGCUAAACGUGAUAUCUACCUGAAUGACUUGACCUGUUCACUCCGUGCUGAACGUGAUACCUACCUGAACGACUUGGCCUGUUCACUCGUGUCCCGCUUCGAUCACCAAGGCAAACCUAACGACCUCCAUGAGGCCAUCUCUUUCCACGAAGAAGCACUGCGCCUGCACCGUGCUGGGCACAAAUCUCGUGCUUUCUCAUUAGACAACCUAGGGGGCGUCCUCGUCAAGCGUUUCAAGGAAUGCGGCAACAUUGAUGACAUCACCCGGGCUAUCAGCCUCUAUCGCGAGUCAUUGACGUUGUGCUCACCUGGGCAUCCACGUCGUGAUACCAAGCUCAAAAACCUUGCCCUCGCGCUCAAAACCAGAUAUCGCAAAUCACAUAUUAGACAGGAUCUUAAUGAGGCCAUUGAUUUGCAUCGCGAAUCCCUUUGGUUGACACCAGAGCGCCAUAGACUCGUCAGGGAAAACCUCCUUCACGAAAUCGAGGUAAUUCCAUGGAAUUUCUGGGAAUUCCAGGGAAUUCCACUGAAAUAA